UCCUCGUGCUCUGACUCCUUCUCGUGCGGGAAGAUCACAGUCUCCAGACUCUGCGGAUCUUGUAAAUCAGCACGUGUGUGUAUGUGUGUGUUUGAUCACUUCGCAGUCUUCGGUUGGAGCUGUCGGAUCUGGAGAAAAAUCCGCUUCCAAACCUCCUGCUUUCCCCCCGCGGGAAAACCCUCACAUCUGCGGGAAAACCCUCACAUCUGCGGAAAACCCUCACAUCUGCGGGAUAGUUGUAUUUUUUUUUUUUUACCUCCACAAACGUCCUUUCAUGAAUCCUCGGACUUGUGUUUUCUGCGCGCGACAUGCGCAGCCGCCGCGUCUCCUGCGCGUCGGCGCGUCUUUCUCAUUCUAAUGUCGCUGUGAGCGUCACUUUGCAUUUGAGCACAGACUGACAGACUAAAGUGGAAAUAAAAGAAAGAAGCAGACUCUGCGGGGAAGUCGCCGGACGUCUCACUUUCCUCUGGAUUGAUUUUUAUUUUAAUUCUUCAGAAACUCUUUGUUUUUGUUUGUUUUCCUGGAACAAAUCUGAGGAUGUUGCUCCGCUGCUUGAAGUCUCCCUCCUGGUCCACCUGUAGACUUUUCCUCUGGUUUUUGCUGGUGCUCCAAACGCCCCGGUCCUCCUCUCCGCUAAUUACAGGUACUGAGGCCAGCUGUGAUAACGAAGGAGAAGUUCUGCACAUCCCCAACAUCACCGACAACCCCUGCAUCACCUGCGUCUGCCUGGAAGGAAAGGCCGACUGUAAACAGGAGAAGUGUCCACUUGUCUCUGAAGACUGUGCUCUGGUGGUGAAGCAGACUGGAGCUUGCUGUGAGAGGUGUAAAGGCUGCAUGUUGGACGGACAUUCUUACAACAGUUCUGUGUCGUGGACAACGUCCGCCAAACCCUGCGUAACCCGACGGUGUCAGGAAGGUGUCGUGACAGAGGCAGAAGUGCAGUGUGUCGUCCACUGCAAGAAUCCCAAAAUCCACCCGAAGAAAUGUUGCCCCACCUGCCCGACUUGUAUCUUUGAGGGUCGUCUGUACAAAGAGAAGGAGGAGUUUAGUCCAGAGGGAAAACCCUGCAUCAAGUGCACCUGCACUGGAGGACGGACUCUGUGCAUGAGAGAUGUGUGUCCUGUCCUGUCAUGCCCCGCCCACCUCAGCCACACCCCACCUGGACAGUGCUGUCCCAGAUGUCUUGGUCAGAGGAAGGUGUUCGAUCUGUAUUUAGGCAGCUGCCUGUUCCACAGUGACGUCUAUGAGAACGGCACUUCCUUCAUUCAUGACAACUGCACCACCUGCACCUGCAAGGAUUCCACAGUGGUGUGCAAGAGGCGGUGCUCGCGGGCAGGGAGUUGCCAGGGCAAACAGUGUUGUGAGGAGUGUUUGUCCUACGUGAAGGUGGAGGAGGUGAAGUACUGCAGAGUCCGGAACAAGAUCUACAGGGAAGGAGACAUGUGGUCAUCCGUGAACUGCACCCUCUGCGCCUGUGUGAAAGGAAACAUCGAGUGUCAGCCCAAACAGUGUGUACCAAUCACCAGCUGCCCCUCGAAUAAGAUCCUGAACAGAACCGGCUGCUGUCCAGUUUGCACUGAAAAGCCUGGUGUGUGUACAGUGUUCGGCGACCCUCACUACAACACCUUUGACGGCAGGACGUUCAACUUUCAGGGGACUUGUCAGUAUGUUUUGACUCGCGACUGCGGUAAUGUCCCUGCUGGAAGUCCAGGGAAUAACAUCAACGUCAACAGCCCCGACUCCAGCUUCACGGUGUUGGUGAAGAACGAUGCGCGGCGGACUCGCUCCUUCUCCUGGACUCAGUCAGUGGAGGUGAGGUUGGGAGGUCUGACCCUCGGUCUGCACCAGCACCUCACGGUCCGGAAGAACGGCACCCGCAUUGCUCUGCCCUACCACGGCCCCGGGGUGCACAUCGACCUAGACGGAUAUCUGCUCAAACUCACCACCAUCGCAGGUCUGGAGAUCACAUGGGACGGCGACAGUUUCGUUGAGGUCGUAGCCGCCCCUCACCUGCGCGGACGUCUCUGCGGCCUGUGCGGCAACUACAAUGGCCAGAAGCGCGACGACACCAUGGGAGGCGACGGCCAGUUCAAGUUCGACCUGGACGAGUUUGCCGAGUCGUGGCGAGUCGACGGAAACGAGGUGUGCACCCAGCAGGCUCUGCCUCGCCGGCCUACGUCCUUCCUGUGUCCCGGCAGCGUCAAAGUCAAGUUCCGUGCUCACAGGGAGUGCCAGAAGAUAAAGUCGUGGGAGUUUCAGAAGUGUCACCGGGUGGUCGACUUCGGCCCUUUCUACAGGUCGUGUGUGACGGACAUGUGUGAAUGCCCGGUCCAUAAAAACUGCUACUGCGAGUCAUUCAUCGCCUACAGCCGAGCCUGUGAGAGGGAGGGAGUGCCCGUCCUCUGGAGGGCCGACACCGCCUGUAUGGCGACCCAGUGUAAACACGGCGCCGUGUACGACACCUGCGGCCCGGGCUGCACCAAAACCUGCGACAACUGGAACGAGAUCGGACCGUGCCACAAGCCCUGCGUGGCCGGCUGCCACUGGCCCGCCAACCUGGUGCUGUUCCAGGGCCGAUGCAUCAAACCCAUUUCCUGUCCUGGCCGGUGACCCUUGUGACCUGGGUGGGAGGGGGGUUAGGUUAGGUUAGGUUAGGUUUAGGAAAAGGGGAGGGUCAUUUAGUUUCAUAAAUACACGGUGCCCAACUUGCCAGGAAGAGUUUGGGUUUGGAGUCGACUCAUCGAGUGCCGCAGUGGUGAUCCUCAAGCACUGCGUGAUUUCAUGUACUGUUACGACACCAGUCGCCGCCACAGAAGGUCAAUGCUAAUGCUAGGCUUGGUAGAGAAAGAACUCAAGUCUCAAGGGAAAACCGCUUGGAGGUUUAAUGCUCUCUGCUGUCUGGGGAAGGUCCGGCGCGUGAUUACAGACGCUCAGGAAACAACCAAGGCCGAUGGACUCCUGUUUGAGCCAAAAUGGCGGCCAGCGUUUCUCUCACAAACACUCGAGCGAGAGUCAAAGCAGAGAAACAAACUGUCUGACGCAUCAUAUCAAACUGUCCCCGUGAUCCUCGUUUCAUACUGUAAGCUAACCAGAUUUAUAUGAAAGACAAAAAUGCUUUUAUAUUGUUGUUCUAAUUAUUAUUAUAUUAUUAUAAUUAUUAUAAUUAUUAUUUGUUGUUGAUAUUGUUAAUUUAUAUAUUAGUCAAAUGACAUGUCGUAGAAGGAGCCAGAAUCGCGGAUAUAAUUGAGUUCUAAUCGAUUUAAAGGGAAACAGAAGCUAUUUAUGUAUUUGUAGUGUUACUGUUGUGUUACUGUGACUCAGUUGUUGCACCAUCGCAGGGAAAAAGUACUGUAUUGCGUUUCUGCUCCGUGUACAGCUCGUUGUGGUUCGUAUCAAACUGAAGGUGUUCAUCUAAAGCAUAUAUGUUUCACUUGACAACGAUUAUUUAAGACCAGCAAUAUAAUCUUUUUAUCAAAGUUA